GCAAAAGAGUAACCAAUGAGAUAAUCUACCAAAAUUAUCUGUGACUUAACCUAUAAGUCGAUGAUUUGUUUAGCCGUUCAAGUUUUUUGAAAUGAUUUUCAGUAUAAUUAAUAAACAAUAAAUGCCAGCCUUAUUGACCUGCUAAGGUUUCAAUUCUUGAUAUUUCUUAUGUUUUAAACACACAUAAAUAAUUAUGUCGUUUUGUAUAUCUAAAGAUUACAAUUUGCAUAAAGAAACUCUGCAAUUUCUAUAUAAUAAAUAUCCCAGCGAAGAGUCAACAAAGAUACCAGAGACUUUUGGAGGAAUUUUAUCCAAUCUAAAUUAUGCUUGGAUUGUAAGAAAGUCGAGAGUUGUGGUAGUAAAUUGCAAGAAUGGUUCAAGGGUGGGCUCAUGGGAUUUUGGUAAUACACUACAAGAUGAUUCUGUAGAGAUAAAUAAUGUUGAGGAGAUUCAGAGACCUAAUGGACGAGAACCCCAUUUGAUAAUAUCUUUAAAUUGUGAGACUAGAGGAGGAAUCAUAUGUAUUUUUGAUUUUGUUGGAUCGAAAGUAAUCAGAGCUAUUCAAAUUGUUGAACAUAUAACCAAUGUACAUGUUAUUGAUAGAGGACAAGACUUGUUCAGUUUGUCAGGACCUCUAAGAAAUUUUGAUGGUGUACUUGCUGUUGGCACAGUUGGAGGAAAUGUUUAUAUGUUAGAUAUAUGUAGGCAGUUAUGUUAUGAAGGUUUCAAUGCAUUUGAUACUAGAGAUGAGUUGAAUCCUUGCCAGAUGCAUGUCAUAACGCCAGAAAAUCUGUUAGAUAUAGAAAAUUAUAAAAAGAUAGCAUUAUCUAAUGAAUCACAUUUAGCAAUUUUUCUCAAUGUGGUAUAUAGAAAAAAAACAGAACAUUUCGUUUUGAAAAAGCCAGAUGGAAGUGACUGUGUUCAUGUUAAUAAGGAGGAAGUUCUAGUUAGUGCUCUCCACUACUGUCCACAACUAGGUUCGAUUUUGAUCGGAUAUAACUUUGGGGCUUAUCAAUUGUGGAAUCUUAUGUGUAUGGAAUUAGUUUAUACGUCACCAGUUUGUCAAGAACAUAUACCAAUAAUUAAAUUUGCCAUUCAGGAACCCGCUGAUGAUCCUAGAGCAUUCUGUUAUGUUUGGGCUGUUUAUAGUACUGAAGAUUUAGAAUCUUAUAAACUACCUUAUUUGGUGAUGUUCGCCUUGUGUUAUGAAUCUAAGGAAUUCCAUGAGAACUAUGGUCUUCUUUAUGAGAAUUUCCAAUAUUGCACUGUUCGUUUCCAAAGAGAGCUUGGCUUGGGCAAUGAUAUGUCUAAUGUGAAGUCACCAAUAGGCGGAAAGUGUUUGAGAUUGGAAUCUUUGAUUCUGAAAAAUGCAUCCACCAAUAGUGAAAUAAGUGUUAACGAUGGCUCUGAAGAUGCACUCUCCCUCUGUAUUAUUGCAUGGAAAGCAUCCUGUGAAAGAGGACAAUUCACUUAUAUGUCCAUGUUUGAUCUGAAUCAGUGGUAUAAAGCACAAAUGCCUAAUUCUUCUACUUCUGACGACUGCUCAAGUUACAUGAUAACACUGUGUGUAUCUGAUUUAACAAAUACAAACACAAAUGGAGCAGAAGUGCUCGAUCUCAAUUUGCACAAGAAGACAAUACAGCAGUUCAUAGGUACACAAAAAUUAGAGGAACAUUACUAUCCAUCAUCUUUAUCAUUUGAAACCUCCUGUUUACUGGAGCAUAAGAUUGUAAAUAUUCAGUGCCAAGGAGUCCAAAAAGCCUUAUUGAGCCAGUUGCAAACUUCUGGACCACUAUGUUUGAUAAGACCAUCAGAUACUUACCAGGAAAUUGUUACUUUAGGACUUACUCCAUUAUUUGUGGAAGUGAACACAAAUUUAGCUGUUACCACUCUGAAUAAUCAAAGGGAAGUUAUCUUGAAUGUUGCACUAGAACAACAAUUAACCAGCUGGUUAUGUAAAUGUGCAUCGGAGUGGGCAAAUGGUAGCUUUUCUUCAGCUGGCUGUUCCUUAGAUUUACUUAUUUCUUGGGCUUUUCGAAGAGCCAUCACAUUGAAAAGAAAAUGUGAUUAUUUAUGUGUGCCGCUAUUUGAUUAUUCAGACGAUAAAUUAGAUGCAAAUGCCAUAAGUGUACUCAGUAAUUGUAUCAGACAGAUCAAGAACAUUGCUUUUGUAUUUUCAUUCAUAUUGAACAAAUAUUCUAAAUAUUUGACUAAUAAAGAUACGAUAUUGGAACAGUGUAAAAAUCUGCAGAUGAUUGAGGUAUAUUUCGAUGUUUUGCAAUGGUUUUUCAACGUUGGCCUUCUACCUGAAUAUACGCCACUUGGCUCUGAUACCAUAGCGCACGAAGAUAAAAUCAGAGCUCCUUAUCCAGUGAAAGAAUUAGAAGAGUAUUACAGGAAACGCAGGGCUGAACUAAUGCUUGCCAUAAGUAACAAAUUUUCAUCGAAGAAAAGUAUACUCUUUAUAGACGACUUGAUAAAAGAAGAAUGUGGCGGUGAACGUUUGGGUAAAGACUGGAAAAAAGAUGGUGGAGAUGGUUUCUAUCCACCGAGAUCGUUUCAAGCUCUUUUACGCACAUAUUUGCUAGAUGGUGUUGAAGUAUGUAAUAAACAUUCAGUGAUCAUUUAUCUCCUAUUAGAUUUGGCGAGGAUACUGGAUAUACAAUAUAAGUCGGUUGCCACCCAUUUAGUAAAAUUUCCAUCGGUGUUCAAAGUUAUUCCUAGUUUCAUCAAAAUUACACAAGCGUUUUGGCAAUUAGAUCAUGGUGAAGCUCACCCAGCUAUAGAAUCUCUUCUGGACCCAAUGGUUAAUCAAGAUGACUUGAAAGAUUGGCACCAUAAAAUAGCUAUUAAGUCUUUACUCAUCCAAGAACAACAUAACCUCGCUUUGCUGUAUAUGACGGUUAGGAAGCCACCUAUUUUGGACGAUGAAGAUAUUUUAUGUGCUCUCAGUCUUUUCAUUUCCAACAAUAUGUUAGACGAAGCAUUUUAUCUUGAAAAAAAUUUCAAGAAUUAUACAUCAUCCGAAAAAAUUAUUCGACAUCUUUUCACAGAAUGCAGCAAUUAUGGACGAUUGCACAGUAUAAUUUAUAGGAAUCUAUCCAAUGAAGAGGAAAAGCAAUUUUUGAAAUAUUUGGAUGAUGUCAAGCAUCCCGAAGCUGCCGAUUUGAAAAUAACCUAUUUUAUGCAGAGAUCUCAUUAUAUAGAAGCCUUCAAAACCUAUCAGGCGUGUGAGGAUGAUCCAAUGAAAAAAGGUUUAUUCAGCCGAUUGAACAUGAAAGCGCGUGAUCAAAUUGUUCACACCUACAAGAAAUUCUUACCAACAGUUAGCUAUCAGUUCAUUGAGAGUUGUACGAAAGAACCUAACCCUACGAUAUGGAAAGAAGUAUCAAAACCAGAUCCUAUAUCAGUAUGUGUCCAUAAAGCCAAGGAACCAACUGAAUAUAAAUCAUCACUGAUUUUGGCCUCUUUAGCAAAGGCAAAACUUACAUUUAAUGAAAGUCAGAAUGUUUCUUUAUGGAAUGCGACAACAGAAGAAAUUCCGUUUUUGAGAACACCAACCCGAAUUCCAGUUAAUAGAAGAUCAUCAGUACAAGUCAUCAUUCCACAAGUUGUGAACGAUGAAGAGGAUGAAGAAGACGAUGGGCCAUCCCCUCCAAAAAGAUCAAGAUUGAGUUUUUCCUCUCCUCCUCAACUAUACAAAUCAAAUAUUGAAUCGAAUUCUUCAAUACUCAGUACUCCCAUAAUAGUGCGAAAGGAUAGAAGUUACUUGACUCCUAUUGAAAAACUAUCCAAAGAUAUCACAUCAACUCCGACAAGUAUCUUGAAGGUGAGAGAAUCAUACAACAGAGAUUUUAAAAGUAUGCUAUCACCAAAUAUCACAAGUGGUUCAUCAAAUACACCAUCUCGACCAGUUGAGCAAAAAUCAUUUAUAUCCGGUAGAAAAUCUACUCGCACUUCUAUUGUACGGUUUGACGUGCCCACAUCAUCUGAAGAACAAUCUUCAUCUUUGAAUAUUAACCAUCCAGAAAGAGACAGUCAGACUCCUGAACGUAAUGAGUCGCUUUCCUUUGAGAAUUCCUCUAGAAGUUUGUCUCGGUCCAUCACCCCGAAGAAUGUAUCCGAUACUGAUGAUAUCUAUUAUUCUCCCGAUUCUUCACUCAAUAAUAUCGAGGAACUACCAAAGGACAAGAGCAAUGAGGAAAAACGCAAUGCCAGUAUAGAAGAAACAGAAGAGUUCACUUCGAAAAUAUCACCCGUGAAACCAGCAGUUAUCAGUAAAGCUGAACAUGUCAAACUUGUAGAUUAUGAUCCUUCGUCGACUUCUAAAGAAGGAACUGAUUCCAGUGUGCCCAGUUCUCCUCCUAGAGGUAGAAAAUCUUACAAAAAAUUAUCAUCUGACACCACCCCUGUUAGGUCAAGCCCUAGAUUGAGAAAGAGUGGGGGUUCAGCAGUCACCGAAAGGGAGAGAGGUGGUAGUGACAGUCAGAUAGUAAUUCAGGAGCAAACACCGUCUCCCUCCCUUUUUUCGGGAAACAAAUUCAGGAAAUCAUUGAAUCGACAAGUGUUGGAAGCCAAUACGAUUGCUAGACUAACGGCCAAUGCCAGUAGUGUGGAAACAACCACAACAGAGUCAUUUGAAGAAAAGCAUACCGUUACUAAUGUUGUUGAAGGCCAUGAAACAACUCAAACAACAUCCUACAUCAGAACAGAACAUUCAGAUAGGACUUAUUCUCAAACUACAGACGCUACACUAGAUUCGGGUAGUGGGGAAAGCAGUGAAGAGUUAAAUGAGAAUGUUGAGUCUCCCUCUGGUUGGGUUGCUGACACUUUUGAUGAAGAGCUGUAUCGAGAUUUACGUAAACGUCAUAGACUUAGUCAAGUUACAGACAGAAAAAAAGAAAUAUCUUCAAGUAUAGUCGGAGGCCAUAUGCCUUUGAGAAUAACAGAAAGAUUAUCCAGAAGACCAUUGGAAGAUAGAAUUUCAUUUCUCGAAAACAGUCAACACUCAACACAAAAAACAACUGAAGAAAUCAAUAAUGAAAUUGGAUGUGUGGAACAACAAAUAGAAGAAACUCUAAUGGAAGAAACCAUACCAUUAGUUGAAGUGUUGCCAACGAAUGCUUCUUAUAGAUUAGCCUCGAAUGACAAUAGUGUGGAAACAAAAAGAACAGAGAUCUCCAAAGAAAACAAAACUGUAUAUUCAGAUAAAAGCUAUAUUGUGGAAACAGAAAGAACAGAGAUCUCCAAAGAAAACAAAACUGUACAUUCAGAUAAAAGCUAUAUUGCAGAAACCACAUUGGAUUCAGCCAGUGGAGAAAGCUAUGAUAAAUUUGAUGAUAAUGCAGAGUCCCCUUGUGAUACUUUUGCCGAAGAUCUUUACCGAGAUUUACGUAAACGUCAUCGUCUUAGUGUAUAUGCUGGCAGCAAAAAAGAAAUGUCUUCUGAAAAAUCUCCAAGUAUGGUAAGCGUCCAAACACCUUCGAGAAUAACUAGAAGAAUGUCCAGAAGAUUAUCAGAAGAACGAACUUCAUCUGCUGAAAGUAGUCAACAAUUAUCACAAAAAGAUAAUGAAGUCUCAACCCCAAAUUUGCCAACAGAAAAGACUAUGGCUUUUAAAGAUAUAAAGGGCACUGGUAGUGCGGAAAAGAUUCUUAAAUUGAACAAGGUAAAAUGUAGGCAACCUUUGAGUAGAAGAGUAUUGGAAAAUAGUGUUUUGAAAAAAAUAGUAUCAUCAUACGAUGCUUCAAUUGUAGAAGAAGAUAUCUCCAAUGAUAAUAUUGAUAUGGUAGAAGAUAACAGGAAAAAUGUUGAUGAACAAAGUACAUCUUAUGACUCUUUUCUUGAAGAAAAUGCCUUUGGAGUACUACCGAAAGAGAAAGAACUGAUCGAAGUAUGUAGAAAGUCUGUGGCCCUCAGAAACAAACAAGAAGGUGUUACGUCUGAUUUUGAUGAGAAUGAAGUACCUGAAGAGAAUAUUGAUAAAAACAUUCUUGCAAUAAAUACUAUAGUACUGAUUGAGAAAGAAUCUCCACUUGUUAGUAAACACGAUGAACAAAAUGACGGAUAUGAACAGAAUAAUCCAGAAAAAAUACCAAUUGAAACAACCAACGAAAACUUAGAUCAAGCUAUACUUGAGGAAUCUACAAGGGAAAAUGAAACCAUUUCUGAAUUGGAUCUAUUGAGGCAGGAAACUAUGACACCCACAGUUUUCGAGAGAAAUAUCUCUGGCAGUGAUAUAGAAAGUAGCAAUGGGUCAACUAAAAGUUCGAAACCUGAUACAAAUGUAAUAGAAAUCUCAAGUUCUGACGAAAUGGAAUGUGAGACAUGUACAGUACCAUCCCAUGAUUUAAAUGAGGACUUCAUGAAUAGUGAUAAACAAGCUGAAAUUGAAGACCAACAGCAAAGUGAAGAUAACAUAUGUGAACAGGUUUAUGGAGAUCUUUCUGAUGAUGAGAAUGUUGAAGCGACAGAUGACAGGAUCAUGUCCAUGUUGGUAGGACCAUCAUCCCUAGAUCCUAAUAUAGAAACUUCAGUUAUUUUGGUCUCUGAUUCGAAUAAUGAAGAAACUAUAAAUGAAGAUCCUAACACUGCAAUACUUGUACAAGACGUGACAGCAGCUGAAAAUACCGACGAAUACAAUAAAAAAGAAGAGGAAUUACCAGUACAAGAUAAGAAACCUCUUAGAAGGAUGACUAGAAGAUCAAGUAAACUAUUAGAUGAUCAGGAAAAUGAGACCCAAAAUGAAUCUGUUUCUUUGGAGCAAAAGGAUGAGACAAAUAAUACAGACCUGCAGAAGAGUAGUGGUUCACGAAGAGGUUCCAUUUCCAGACGAUCAAGUCAAAGUUCCAGGCUUGAUUCCGAUCAGGUCGAAUUAGCUAAUCCAGCCUCAGAACAACUUGUAGAAACUCCAAAAUAUAAUAUACGUAAACGAACAAGAAGUUUCGACGUGUCAAUACAAUCCGAAAUGGGCGAAAGCAAUGAAAGUACAUUAAAAACAUCAGGAAUUCUUAGAGCAAAACGAAAACUGAGAAGUACCAGUGUUGAUAUCCAAAAUAGUGGAGAAGAGGAAAUUCCAAAAGAAAUAACUUUAAUUGAUAAAAGUAAAAAGAAAUCUUUUUCUAGUAAUGAUUUGAGUAGUAGUAAAGAUGAUCAAAAGGGCAGCAAAAGAAUAACCAAAACAACAAAAGAAGAUUUGGUGGAAACUUAUACAUCAAAUAGAAGAUUGACAAGGAGGCAGUCUGUCAUCUUAGAACAGUCUCUGGAUAAAGUUGACUUGUCUGUUAUAGAAACACAGGACUCCUUUGAAUCAUUGGAUAAUACUGAUUCCAAAGGUACUCCUGAUCCACAAGAGAAUAGACUAAAUGACACAUCUCCAUCCUCCAGUGCAAGUGCACCAAGGUCAAAUGUGGGUCGUCCUGCAAGAAGACUCAGUAGAACCAAUUCUAAUGCUUCAGAUAAAAGUGUUACAUCCAAUGCGUCAUCACCUGGGAGAAGGAGCACAAGUAGCAAAGUCGAAUCUCCAGUGAAAACAGGCGCAAGACGAAAGUUGAGAUCAACAUCAACAGAAGAAAAACCUGAAUCUAAAUCAACUAGGCGAGUAAAGGAACCAACACCUGAUAUAAGUGAUGGUAGUGAUACCGAUAAUUCAGUGAUAUCUACAAGAAGCAGGAAAUCAACCACCAAAAGUGAUGAUUCAAAUAGUUCUAACAAAAGAAAAAGGAAGGUUGUGGCUAAAACAAUAUUACCAGGAAUAAAGGAAGAAAAUUUAGAGGGUGCUAAUGGAUCUCCAGCUCAAAAUACCAGAAACACAAGGGGAAAGAAAAAUGUUCAACAGUAACUCAUAAAGGUCAAAUGAUGUGUGAUGUUGUAUUCAUUUUUCAAUUAUAGUUUUUCAAUAUUAAUAAAUACUAAGGUGAAUUUUUAAAUAAAAUAAGAAUGAACU